AUGUCCGAGAGCCAAGGCCACUUGCCCAGGAGCUUCUACAGUGCCCCACCUCUCUCUGCCAUCGUACAUGGGUCUCAGCUCAUAAGCUUUGAAGAUGGAUUUUUUUUACCCAGCAGCUGCCAUAGCAGGACCUGGCUCCUGGACAACUUUCCAGAAGCCUGCAGUGAAACUACCAGCUGCAAAGUGCCCAACUGUAGACAGGAACUGGGCACAGAGCAGAGCGGCAUGCAAAGCGCCUGCCUCCCCAGAGUUGUCCAAAUAACUUGUUCUAAUUCCAGGCCCUGUGCAAAAACAAUAUGCCAAUCAGGACGUUCCUCGGCAGUAUCGGCGUGUGUUUCUCAGCCUUGCCAGUCAGGAAGCGGCCAACAAGCUGCAGUCCAAGGCUGCCAGUCUAUGAGCCACGUGGCAAAGAGUUGUCCACCCAAGCCUUCUGUGUCUAAGAGUUGUCUGACUCUGGAAGGUGACCCUGGCCAAUGUCAAUCUCAGAGCCCUGAACCCAGUUCCAGCAGGCAUCCGGUCUGCAUCGCACCAGGGCCACAACUGGAAUCUUCUAACACUUACGAGCCAGCUUGCUGUGUUACUGGUGGUUUGCAACUACCUAGUAAGUGA